AUGGCUGUUAUCCACGAAAGGGCUACGACAUUCGUGUCCAAGUGUGUCGAGGCUGGCCAAAAGAGUGUGGAUGUAUACUCUUUACUUCACUGCUAUGCCCUGGACUGCGUUACCCAUUUCAUGUUCAGCCCCGGCGGCCUCAGAUCUCUCAACAUAGCCGAAGAUUUUGAUAUCAUGCACGAACUGACCUACCAUCAAAGUCUCCAAACACCCUAUUUCCCAAAAUCCCUCCACGCCCGCAGCGCCCCCAAAGCAAACCAAUACGUCCUAGACAUGGCCACCCAAAUCGACCUCGACGGCCACUCCCUAAUGGAAAAACUCAAACGCAAAGAGUCACACCUGGAACUAAUGCAAGCCGCCGCAGAAUGCAAAGACCACAUGGCCGCCGGCAUCGACACAACAGGCGAUGGUCUGUGUUUCUUAAUGUGGGAGCUCUCACAACCUCAGAACCUCUCUUUCCAGCAAAGUCUUUACAAAGAGCUUACCGGUGCACCGGCCGAUGCACCCUUAGAUAGCUACGUGUAUCUCGACGCUGUUAUUAAAGAGGCGCUGCGGUGUGCGCCGCCUAUUCCAAUGUCGCUACCUCGCUAUGUACCUGCUGGUGGAAGGGAGAUUGAUGGGUUCGUCGUUCCGGAACAUACGAUUGUUAGCUGUCAGCCUUAUUCGGUGCAUCGGAUAAAUGAGAGUGUUUUCCCUGAGCCUAAUCGGUUCAAUCCUGAGCGGUGGCUUGUUGAGGAGGGGGCUGCUGAGCGGAAUAGGCUUUUCUUUUCCUUUGCUACGGGUGGGAGGGGGUGUACGGGCAAAAAUCUUGCGCUUGUUGAGAUGAAGAUGUUGCUUCGGGAAGUGUAUUCUCGGUAUCGGACGACGGUGGCUUGGGAUAUGACUGCUUCGAUGAAGCUGGAUGAUCAGAUUAUCUCUUCGAGGCCCAAGGGGCAGAGCUGUAAGCUGGUUUUUAUUGCUGUAGAGUGA